CCAGGAAAACAAGGCAAAGGAAGCAAGAAAUGCUUCGAUAUAUAGGUCUCCUUUGCAUCUCUUGGAGGCAGAGGAGGGAGAUUUCUGAAGAGCACGGUAGCCUGAGCGGAUGCCUUUCAGAACAGCUGAGAAGCGCUCCGCAAUCAUGAGUAAUGCCCUAAGACACUGGCGGCAGGAUCAGCUCUGAGCCUGGUGAGCGGUGUCACCGUGGCUUUCAUGCAGACAAGAAGCAGGGCAAAACACUACUGGGUGUCAACAGUUGGAACUUCUCGAGUCAUCAGAAGCAUAGGUCUCCAAAGUCUGAGUCCUGCAAGCAAGCGUCUGGAACCAGUUUUUGAUUUACUGGUGGAAACAAAAGCCCAUAAUCACAAAGUAAAAUUGGAUGCUUUUGAAUGGCUGCUCAAAGGGAUUUUACUGACAGCACCAGGACGGCCUUGGAGAGCUGCCUACGGCAACUGAAAUGCCAUUUCACCUGGAACUUGGUGGAGAGAGGGCAGUCCCUGGCCGAGUUUGAAGACGAGGUGUGUAACCCCGCGCAGUAUCAGAACCACGAAUUCAGAGCCACGGUGUUCAACCUGCGGGCCUACAUCGAGCACCGCAGAGGCCGCGGCGAGGCGGCGCUGGAGCACCUGCGGCGGGCGGAGGCGCUGAUCCAGCGGGAGCACGCCGAGCAGGCGGGAACCCGCAGUCUGGUCACCUGGGGUAACUACGCCUGGGUCUACUAUCACCUGGGCAGACUCGCAGACGCUCAGAGGUAUGUCGACAAGGUGAGACGCGUCUGCGAGAAGUUUCGCAGCCCCUACAGAAUGGAGAGUGCUGAGCUGGACUUCGAGGAGGGGUGGGCCCGGUUACAGUGUGGAGGGAGGCACAGCGAGAGGGCCAAGGUGUGCUUUGAGAAGGCUCUGGAAAAAGAGCCCAAGAACCCGGAGUUCGCCUCGGGACUGGCCGUCGCGAGCUACCGUCUGGACACCCGGCCGCAGCCUCAGAACCCCGUGGACCCGCUGCGGCGGGCCAUCCGGCUGAAUCCUGACAACCAGUAUGCCAAAGUCCUCUUGGCUCUGAAACUCCAGAAGCUGAAGGAGGAAGGGGAAGGAGACAGGCUGGUGGAGGAGGCGCUGAAGGGCGCGCCCUGUGCCUCAGAUGUGCUGUGCGGAGCAGCAGAACUGUAUCAGAGAAAGGGCGCGCUGGACAAAGCUGCAGAGCUGCUGACAAAGGCUCUGGAAGGCACGCCCAACGAUGCCUACCUGCACUGGAAUAUCGGCUGCCUCUACAGGACCAAAGUCUUCGAGAUGCUGCAGGACGUGGGCAAGAACGAGACCGGGAAAAGGGAGAGGCUGCAGGAAGCCAUAGGACAAGCUGUGCACCAUUUAAAGAGAGCGGAGGAGGCCGGUGUGAACCUGCCCUGUGUCUUCUCCUACCUGGCCUGCCUCUACGUGCAGGCAGGUCAGUAUGACGACGCGGAGCAUUACUUCCAGAAAGAAUUCAGCAAAGAGCUUUCUCCAGGGGCCAGACAAGUGCUCCAUCUCCGCUAUGGCAACUUCCAGCUGUACCAGCUGAAGAACGAAGACAAGGCCAUCCAUCAUUUCAUACAGGGCAUGAAAAUCGACCAGGAAUCAAAGGAGAAAGAAAAGAUGAAAAACAAGCUGCGAAAAAUUGCCUGUAUCAGGCUUUCUAAAAACGAAGGUGAUGCCAUGGCUUUGCACCUCUUGGCGUUUCUUCAGGAGCUGAGUGGAGACAUACGUCCAGCAGAGGACAACUCUGAGAGCCGUUUGGACUCUGGAAGCUUCCCCUACUCAGCAUCCUUCGCUGAGGAAUGAGGAAUCAGGAUAUGGUGCUGUGAGACGUUGGAGGGAAGGAAGCAGAAAGCCCUCCACCAAGUGGGUAUUCACGAUAUUGGACAACUGGUACGGCGGCAUAGCCGUGGCCUGAGCUGCUGGCCACGGGUCUGGACAAGGUUUGUGGAGGAACCUGGUGGACCGAGUGUUAACACACACAUUGCUCAGGGAGUUGUGAGACAGGGACUAGAUUGGAGGGGGGAGGGUCCUGGGGAUUGGUAAGGGAGCUGCUUCCCAACUGACCUCGUGAGAGCACUUUGCAUCGUGCCAUUCCUAGUCAUCCUCCGCGAGGUGAUGCCUUGGGUUUUUCUCUAGGUUUAUAUACAGCAGCCGGAUCCCUCACAUCUGUAACACUGUGGUCCGUUUUUGCAAUGUUUUUCCACCCUUGGAGUCAUUUUAGAUCUUGCACAGUUUGGCCCGGCAUAGACGCCGCAAAUGUGCUGUAUGCAACCAAAGGCCGAGGGACCAAAGCCUCCGUAGGGCUGGGUGUUUCCUCUCCCUCACUUCUGCCUCCUCCCCAGAUAGUCCUCAAUCUAGACUGUCCUACACAACCUGAGUUCAAUUAUCCCAUUAACUGGGGGUGGGAACAUAGUUUGAAAAAACGAGAGCAGAGAACAGGCUGAAUUUAGAAGAAACAUAUCCAAGACAAGCAAUGGGGUCAGGCCAUUAGGGUACAAGAGUUUCAGGAGGCACAUGGGGAGAUUUCACCUGCAUUCUGCCUGCCGUAUCAAGGCAUGUGAAGAAUAAAAAGGGGGGUUCUGUACAAUAUGCUAGAAAGCAAAAUAAUACAUUUCUUUAAAAGGUAUGGAAAAUAAAUGUCAUGCCCAUAGGGAACGGGAUUGAGUAGACAAAAGAGAGAAAGAGAGAAGAAUGCUGGUUUGUCAUUAUAGACUGUAAUCAUAUGGAGAAAAAAAUCGUAUUUUCUUGGCCACUGUAAGGAAAAUUUCCUUGUACGAUGAAGACUUGUUUUGUUCAAAAAUGCUUGCAUGAGCCCAGGCCCAAGGUAAUAGAAAAACAGCAGAACAGAAGGUUCAUAUGGACGCCAAGGACCUAGUGAAAGGUCUCGUGAAAUGACAUCAAUAACGGAGAGUUUUUUCCCCAAUUAGACGUGUUGUAUAUUAGGUGAUAUAAAACUUCUUUUCACCCUGAAAACCUUCAAGGAAACCACAGAAUUCAUGGUUUUCUUGGGGUGAUUGGGGUUUUCUAGGUAAAUACUGAAUGGCCCAUGACAUCAGGGUUAGUGUGAACCAAAACAGAGUCAGGUGACCCAGCAUGAAACAGAUCCUCAGUCAUCCUCUGGGUUGCAAAAUAUUUGCCUGUUUGGAUUAAUUUAAAUUUAAAUAGUGGUUACCAGGGGCUGGGGUUUGGGGAAGUGGGAGAGAUGUUGUUUAAAGGUACAAACUUAAAACUAGUAAAUAAGUAAAUCCUGGAGGUCUAAGGCAUAGUAUUGUGAAUAUAGACAACAAUAUCGUAUUACAAUCAUCAAACUUUCUGAGAGGCUAGAUCUUGAUUAUUCACACCACAGAAAAGAAAUGAUAAUUAUGUGACAUGAUAGAGGCAAUAACUAUUGCUACAUUAACUUUUGCUACAAUCGUAUGUAUCGAAUCAACCUUAAAUUUGCACAGAAUUAUAUGUGAAAUGUAGUUCAAUGAAUUUAAGUAUAUAUUAACAUUUUUAUUAAGCAACUAAAACAUUAUAUAAACUU